AUGGAUGAUAGGAAGCAUAGAGUCAAAGGAUUGGUGAAGAAAGUAAACAAUCAUUCUCAUCCUCUUUUUCUUGUGGUAAAUCCACAGGCCAAGUUAGGCAUUCAGAAAAUGCCAAGUUUAGGAACACUGGGCAAUCCGCAGAUAAGGGAGGCUUUGAGUGAUGUACCAGGAGGACUGGAGUCGUUGGAAUGUGUUGGGUUUGAUCUGAGAAAGGAAGAUAUAUCCAGUGUUAUGAAAGUCAUGCCUAGGGGAGAGGCAAGCCUAGGUCUCCUGGCAAAGUCCAAGCGAAACGAUGUUCAAUGA